AUGUUUCAAAUGCUUCUUUCAGCAUUCGGAAAUGGGUUGUCUGCUUUACCACCGAUAAUUAUGUAUGGGGAUGAUUUGAAUGAUCGAGCAUUCGAAUCUUCAGUUUGCGUUAUAUCAAGCAAACUUGCAAACUUCACAUUAUAUCCUUUAGAAUUCUUUGCGUUAACGAUCGCAUUUUAUUUAUGGCACGCGUUAGUCAAGAAAAGACUUGACAUCGAAAAGAGAACCUUGAUUUAUUUUUCUGGAGCGAUUUGGGGGUUUACCAUUAUAUAUAACAUAUUUGAAAUGGCUCGUUCAAGUCAAAAAGAAAAUUGGGGUGUCAGAACUUCGUUGUUGAAUUGCAAAAAAACAUUUAGUAUGCAAAACGUUUUUGGAUUUUUAAUACCAGCAUCCAUUCUAGUUUUUAUCACGAUAAUCAUGAUGUGUCAUUCAUCGAUUAUCUUGUAUGAGCGUUGGAAAAAUUUCAAUCAUAACAUGAAUAGAACAACAGCGAUUAAAUUAGGACAUGCAGUUCGUAUUUACAUUUUGUGUAUAACCAUCAUAAUACUUUCUUUACUCUACAUUAUCCCACGAAUCUUUCAUUCGAAUUCUUCAUUGACAACAGUAAGCUCUUUUGCUUCAGCAAGCAUGCAAGUAUAG